GGCCCUCCUAGCGGCGCGCAUGGCGGGGCCGGUGAAGGACCGGGAGGCCUUCCAGAGGCUCAGCUUCCUGUACCAGGCCGCCCACUGCGUCCUUGCGCAGGACCCCGAGAACCAGGCGCUGGCGAGGUUCUACUGCCACACGGAGAGGACCAUCGCGAAGCGGCUCGUCCUGCGGCGAGACCCCUUGGUGAAGAGGACCCUCUGCCGCGGCUGCUCGUCCCUGCUCGUCCCGGGCCUGACCUGCACCCAGCGCCAGAGACGCAGCAGGGGACAGCGCUGGACAGUGCAGACCUGCCUGACAUGCCAGCGAAGCCAGCGGUUCCUUAACAAUCCUGGACAUGUGCUCUGGGGAGACCGUCCUGAGGCCCAGCUGGGAAACCAAGCAGAUCCCAGACCAGCACAGCCUCUGCCGAACACAGCCCCCCCCAUUCCAGGCCACCUUCCUGAGGAGACAGUGCAGCCUCAAAGCUCUAAUCACCAGUGAUGAAGUCACCCUGUUUUCCAAAUAAAGUUUAAUUGUUUCUUCUUCAGUUUUUUGUUCUUCAUCUUUACCAUUCUCAUCCUCCCAUAUUCAGGGAGAUACUGAUUACCAUAAACCAGUGGGUCUCACUGGGCAGCUCCCAUUUCCAGGACCCUGACUCAAAUACUCUUCCAUGCUUCUGUGGGACAUUUCCUGCCUAUGGUGGAAACUGCCUUAGGGCAUUCCACCACAUGGCAACUCUGGUUGUUGACUUAAGAGUCUGGGCCGAUGCAACAUAGGCUGUUUUUAAAUGAGGAAAAGAAGUUGCGGGGAAGGGCUUCAGAUCCACCAGACCCACUCAGAGUUCAUCUUUCCCCAAGCUCAGUUUUCAUCUAUAAUAUUCUAAUAAGGGAAAUAAUACAAACCUGAACUAAUAAGGUCAAGGAAGCUAAAGAAAGGAUGCUGGUGGACAUCACAUUCAAGUAUGCUCUCUAGGUUAAUCCUCAGAAUUUUCUUGAGAAUCAGUAAGCAAUGAAAAUCGUUUUCUUUGCUAUCCCAAGAAAAUUUAAUGACAGAAUUUCAGACCCACCUCAUUGCUAGAUACUAGUUAUCAGUUUACCGCAAAAAUAUACAAAAUCACUAUGGAGGAACCUACAUGGCACAGCAGACCUCUCCCGUCUCACCUGCUGCUCCCCUUAGCAGUGUAUCUCA